ACCACCGUGGCGCUCAUCCACAAACGGCGAACACGGAGGAAUUAAACCUGGACGGGAAGAUAUCCGCUGGUGGAUUAAUUGCGACAGAGUCACGGGAGAACAUAAAACACGUGUAGGGCUUGAAACCGUAGCGUUAAAAUGUCCCCUUCGACUCGGUGUUUUCGAUUUGGAGCGGUAUCUCGAAGUGUGAUGGCAGAAGUCCAGUGAAUCGCUGGCCUCCCCUCCUCUUGUGUUGGAUGUCUUGGGGAGUGCACUGCCACUGGUUUGUGGAGCUUCACAUUUUUGAGAGAGAUUGUUGAAAUUUCAAGUCUGUAACUUUGAUUCGUUCUUUACCGUGGAGUGCACAUCAUCAUCAUGGACACACCUGGACUUGGAAUAGGAGUGGCGAGUUAAGUCAGGCAUAAUGUGGUUAAAUGGGAAGGGAACGUGUAGGCCGUGAGGAUUCUCUAAACCCUGCCCCAGCGCCCCAAUCGUCUGAGAGGGUGUCGGACCUCACCGAGGCAAACCUGGAUUGUUCGCACUAAAAUGUCCCUAAGUGGUGGCACUGCAGGCGGGAAAGGUGUGGACUCUAAUGCGGUGGACACUUACGACAGCGGGGAUGAGUGGGAUAUCGGUGUUGGAAAUCUGAUUAUUGACCUUGACGCUGAUUUAGAAAAGGACAAACUUGAGAUGUCUGGCACAAAGGACGGCAUGGCAGCACCACCCAGUGCAGUGGCGGCUUUGCCUGACAACAUCAGGUUUGUUAGUCCCGUGUCUGGCUCUCAAGGCAAGGAGAGCAAAUCCAAAUCCAAGCGCAGCAAGAACUCAAAAGACAAUAGUAGCAAAGCCUCAGCUGGAGAUGGGGCCAAAAAGGAAACUACAGGGCGGACUCAAGCGGAGCCCACGGGCACGGCAGCAAAUGCAGGAGCUGCUGGCAACAAUUCCACCGCUGGGAAGAACAUGGAAAAAGGGGGCAAAGCCUCUAGAGGAGUUGUCGGUGGUAAAAAAGAGAAAGAAGGGUCCAGUGGGAAAACUAAGAAGGAGAAAACUGAUGGAGGCCCAGUGGUGGCUAUUGCUGCUACAGAGAAGGAUGUAGUUUCCCAAGCGGCUCUAGGGAGUAGCCGUAACGCGUCCUUUGAGAACACACAAUCAACAGACUUAACAGGGGCCGAUCAAAUGGGGAAUAUUGCACUUGAAUCUGUUGGGAUAGUACCAGCGUUGACAACAAAAACUGAACCAGAGGAGCUAGAAAAUAGUAAUAAUGAGUGCAGGACGUUGAAGAAAGUGAAAAAUGAAAAGAUGGAAUCUCCAGUGUCUACGCCAGCCCCUCCCCCCCUCCACCUCCUGGCCGCUGUGGGCAACAGUGAAAUUGCCUCGCCAUGUGAGCAAAUAAUGGUGCGCACUCGUUCGGUAGCGGUGAACACGUCCGACGUGGCCCUGGCCACAGAACCCGAGUGCUUGGGGCCCUGCGAGCCCGGUACCAGCGUCAACCUAGAGGGCAUUGUGUGGCAGGAAACUGAAGAUGGAAUGUUGGUGGUCAAUGUCACUUGGAGGAACAAGACGUACGUUGGCACUCUUUUGGACUGUACACGGCAUGACUGGGCUCCCCCCAGGUUCUGUGAAUCCCCUACAAGUGACUUGGAAAUGAGGAAUGGUCGAGGUAGGGGCAAGCGAAUGAGACCCAACAGUAACGCACCCAUCAAUGAGAACACCAACUCAACAGACAACAAAGGCAACAACAACAACAAGACACGUGCUGCCUCCAACAGCAAAGGACGGAGAGGUAGCCAAACACCGUCAGAACGUCGCACACCACCCAACAGCAACACAGAGGACAUCAAGGCCAGUCCCUCCUCAGCUGGAAAACGUAAGACCAAAACAACCUCAGACAUGGAGCCCAACUCUAGUUCAGAGGACACCAAAGGUAACAAGCGCAUGCGGACUAAUUCCAACAGUGGUGGGGUUGGGCCGCCAGGUCUCCCCAUUGCAUCCAAGGCUGAGCCUCUUCCUCCUCCCCUGGACCGUAGCUGCCCUUCACCUGUUCUUAUUGACUGCCCACACCCUAACUGCAACAAGAAAUACAAGCACAUCAAUGGUCUCAAGUAUCACCAAGCCCGUGCACACAAUGAUGAUGAUAUAAAGUUGGACCUAGAUGGGGAUAGCGAAUAUGGAGAAGACUCAACACUCCACCCUGAACCAGGGAGCUGCAAUGGAGCAUCUAUUUCUCAGAAAGGUUGUGUGUCUCCAGCACGUUCCGCUACCCCAAAAGGCAGGGGUUUUGAUGCUCAAAGUCCAUCCCCAUCCCCUGGCAAGUUUGGCUCAAAGCAGAGUAAAAAGAAAAUUGCUGAUACAGAUCCAGAAACUGGUGGUACGCCAAUGGAUGGAUGUGAAGAUGGGGCAUGCCUCACUGAUGAGGCCAGUAAUGAUGGUAUAGAUGAUAAGAGAGGUACAGACAAGUCUAGAAAGACUAACAGUGGCACAAAGGCUGACAAAAUGGCCCAGAAAAACAUGAAGUCUCCACGACCUAUUGGCCCAGGUUCUGCAGCGUCCCAGCAGAUAUACUCUUUCCCUCCUGGAAACCAAAAUGCCUCCCCAGGGAUGACCCCUGUGAUGCAAGGAAUCCCAAAAAGUCCCCAAAUGAAAGGCGUACAGCCCAAACCUCCUGCAAUCGGAGAUCCUGCUGGCAGCAGCUCCAAAGACAAAAAGAAGAAAGAGAAGAAGAAGAAAGAAAGUGGGAAGGAAGCUGACAGCCCCAAGCCUCAAGGAAAGGGAGGGAAACUGGAGGAAGGAAAGCUUCCAUAUUCAGAAUCCUCUGACCCGGGCAAUAAGGGUGAGGGGCUCCUCAAUGGUUCCACAGACCUUCACCAGAGUCGCCUGGCUAGUAUCAAGGCUGAGGCUGACAAGAUCUACAGUUUCUCUGACAAUGCCCCCAGUCCAUCUAUUGGUGUAGCCAGCCGGAUAGAUGGCAGUGGAAUGCCACAGCCUCUCACCCCAUUACAUGUGGUGACCCAAAAUGGUGCUGAUAACUCAUCUGUCAAAACCAACAGCCCUGCGUAUUCAGACAUCUCAGAUGCUGGCGAAGAUGGUGAGGGGAAAUUAGAAGGUGUCAAAGUUAAGACAGAAGACCAGACCAUAAGGGAAAGUGUCAAAAAAACCCUCUUUCCAAAUCAGGCAGCAAACAAAGAUUCCCCGUACUACGCUGGCUAUGAGUCUUAUUACUCACCCAACUAUGUAAACCCCAGUCCCAGUGGACCAAGUCCAAGCAUCCCAAUGACUGACGGUCAGGUUAAGAUCAAAAAGGAGGAUGACCAGGAUCAAGGGGAUGAAAAAGUGAAGACUGAAGUUCAUGAGGACCGCAAAGCUGAAAGUAGUGCUUCUGGCCAACAACAACAGCAGCAGCAGCAGCCGCCGCCACAGCAACAGCAACCCUCUGUCAUCCAACAACGUUCCAACAUGUACAUGCAGCCUCUCUACUACAACCAAUAUGCAUAUGUUCCUCCUUAUGCAUACCACCCUGAUCAGGCCUAUCAUAACCACUUGAUGAACACCAAUGCAGCCUACCGGCAACAGUACGAGGAGCGGCAAAGGCAAGUUGCUGAACAGCACCGUGCUGCUGAGAAGAAGUGUGAUGCAGCCAUAAAAGAACAGCGCGAAGCCUCCAUGAAGGAGGAGUGGAAACAAAAAGGCCCCAUGCCACCAAGCCUCUCCAAGGCCCCCAGCCAGUCUGACCUGGGUAAGAUGCCACAGCCACCUAGCAAAUCUAGAGAGUCUCCAUCAGAGCCCUCUUCCAAAUCCAUGGGAGGCAUGAAGGGAGAAGAGUCAAAGUCCCAACAAGCUGAAGGGCUGAAGAUGAAACUGAACGAAGGGGGCCAUCAUGGGAAGGAGGAUGCUAAGCAAGGGCUGGAGUCCAGAGGACAGAUGGGGAUGGAGCAACCUUUGUGGUACAGACAGUUCCCUGAAAGCCAGAAGUCUCAGUCUGAAGACGAACACCAGCAGCAACCACCUCGAUGGAAAGAUGAAAGGGAACGAGAACGUGAACGGAAAAUAAAGGACGACAGACAAAGGCCCAGGGACAAUAGCGGUGGUCCCAAAGAGGAGGGAAAAGACAGUACUGAUCCUCGUAUCUCCUCUGAGGACCACCGGGCCAUGGGCAAAGACCCACGUUCUAAUACCCACAUGCAAUUCUCAGCACCAUUAGCACAGCACCAAGGCUAUAUGCCGUACAUGCACGGCUACCCAUAUGGACAAGGUUAUGACGCUAGCCACCCUGGGUAUAGGGCAAUGCCCACAGUCAUGAUGCAAAACUACCCAGGUUCCUACCUACCUGCAGGCUACCCCUUUUCUCCUUAUGGUAGCAAAAUAGCCGGAAGUGAGGAGGGCAAUGAAAAAUCCCGCGGCAGUCCCACCGUCACCAAAUCAACGUCAGACUCCAAAGCCCUGGAUAUCCUGCAUCAGCACGCUAGCCAGUAUAAGAGCAAGUCACCUACGGUGGGGGACAAGCCCCCCCAUGAGCGGGAGAGGGAGCAGGAGAGAGGAUCUGGAGGAGAUCGGGAGAGGGAGCGUGAUAGGGAGAGAGAGAGAGACAUGGACCGGCCGCGCUCCUCGCCCUCCCAGCGCAUCAUGCCCUCUCAUCACCACCUGAGUUAUCCCCUGCUUUCAGGGCAAUACGACUUGUCUUACACCACAGGUCUCUCCUCAUCAGCUAUUGUUGCCAGUCAGCAAGCAGCAGCCCCCUCCCUCUACCCACCAGCACGGAGGUGAGAACGGGAAACCUGACCGACACACCUCCACCCUACAAAGAUUCAUGUGACUGGCUCACAUGAGAAGAUGAUCUCCCGGGUGUUACCUUUUUAGACAUCAGUUGAAUGGUGUUUCUAUCUAUAUUUUUGGUUCCUCUGUCCCAGCGCCUGGCAGAUUUUCGUGUAACCCCUUAGUGAAUGACCCCAAACUCUAAAACCUUGGACUCUAUUAGACUCUUGCAACCUAGGUUCAAAGCCAUCACUCUCUGCCCCACAACAUGCAGAGGAAACACCAACCCGCUGAUUAUCUAGUCUUUGCACUGUCAACAAAUACAAUGCAAAAACAGACUGACAGACUGCCUGAACAGCUGAGUAUUUUUUUUUUUGGGUUGUUUUUUUCUUUGACCCUUUUUUUUGUCAUGUGCAGAGAGUAAUUGUGGGGGGGUGGCUGAUGGGAGAAGGGGAGUCAAACUAAUAUAACAAGUAACAAAAAGUGAAUCAUGUUGAAAUGAUUGAACUUUGUCUUUGGCUUAUUGUAUGCCAUGAAACAACAGUAUAUCCUUAACUUGACAGAUGUUUUGGCUGUUUUGUGAGGAGAGGGAAUAUGGCGAUCGCUGCUUUCUUCAGAGACUCAAAAGCCUGAGAUUGAAGUUUUCAUUUUCCAUCACCAUUGAUUCUUCCCAUCCUCAUCAAACCCUCAGCUCUUGUUUCAGGGAUGAUGUCAUGUUUUCCGAAGGGACCGCGUACACCUCAAAGGAGAAUAAACACUAUUCAUGUUUUGUUUUGUUUUUUUUUUCUUAAUUACUUUGCUCAAUCCUCCAUAUCAUUGUGUUCAUCUUUGAAUGCAUGUGUCUAAUGGUGGCAUCAUUGCUACUUUCCCUCACUGAAAUGGCCACAUCUAUCCUCGCACCCCUCCAACAUAUGCUCACUUGCAUAGUUGUUAUCAUGGUUUUCUUAUCGGCUAGUUUGCUAUGGAUUAUUCCAAAGCUGUGUCAAUGACUCGGGUACCUAAGUCUUCUUUCUCUUUGAUUCAGCAGGGGUCUGUGUUGAAACUGUAAAGUCAACUACUGGUACAUCAAUCUUUUAUGUGAGGGAAGAACUCAGACACCUUUCAACUGCUAUUUUAGAACAAAUAUGAGCCACUCAAGACACAAUGGACUGAUUUAAAUGAUGGUUUGAGAGCGAAUGAAAUAGAAGUGCUUUAGGCAAAGGCUAAAAAAAAUAAAAUGGGAACUAGCUCACAUACACCUGAAUGAAAAAGAUAGCCCCUUAUUUCACCAAAUCAGCCAAAAAAGAAGCACUUUGCUCUUGCCUUUUAAUUUGCAGCUCUAUGUCAAAGGGGAAACAGAUCCAAGAUGGAGGAGCUCUUUACGGCUUCAACCAAGUCCUGGUCAAAAUCAAGGACAGAAGAGGAAAUAGUCUGUGUUAGAAUUAGGGCUGGGCAAUAUAUCGAUAUUAUAUCGAUAUCAUGAUGUAAGGCUAGAUUUCAUCUGGGAUUUUGGAUAUCGUGAUAUGACAAGUGUUGUCUUUUCCUGCUUUUAAAGGCUGCAUUACAGUAGUGGGAUGCAAUUGUCUGAACUUAUUAGACUGUUGUAGUUAUAUUAUUUGUCUCUACCUGUUUGGACAUCAUAUCCACAUUACUAAUGAGUGUUUAUCAAAAAUGUCAUUGUGUAAAUAUUUUGUGAGAGCACCAAUAGUCAUCUCAACAAUAUCGUCAAAAAUAUCGAUAUCGAGGUAUUCGGUCAAAAAUAUAGUGAUAUUUGAUUUUGUCCAUAUCGCCCAGCCCUAGUUGGAAUGUGACUGUUACAUGAUUAUACUGUAAAUGGCUUUCUCAAGCAGAGGUACCAUCUUGACUUUGAAUUGUCUUUCCCUUCUCAUUGACCUCAGGGGUUCUAAGUGAAAUCUUGUCCACACACCAUUCAUGUUGAUAUUCAGAGGACCUUUGUUCAUAGGUGUUGAAGUAGCACAUGCUAUGUCUGUUCUGAGCCAAAUGUGUUGGGGUGCCACUUCAUUCAGCAACAACUGGCACGGGAUAGGUGGCUGAUAAGGGUAUUGUGCUAUAUGCUUCACUGUGAUCUGCUGUGAACAGAGGUCUUGGUGUUUCUGUGGUGCAUCAAAACGUGGAAGGAGAAUCGGCCAUUAAAUCAGUAGUAUUGUUCUUAAAGCAACACACUCCUGCAAGUUCAAUGUUUUCACGUUUUUGCUUUAUGCUUGCUUUUAAACUUCUGUAUGUUUUAGUUUCUUGGUUUGACGUGAUCAGGAAGUCAGAACGCCACCAGUUUUCUCUCAAAUAUCGGAUCCUUGGAAGUCCCAUGUUAUACCAGGUUGCUACUGGCUUGAAAUACUACUCACAAGCAGGGAUCUGCAGCUCUCGUUUGGGGUUCUAGGACAUUCCAUGUAAGUGAGUUGCCAGCUCCCUCUCCCAUAUAGAUUUUAAGACUUGGUAUAUCAAUAUGACUUGUGCGCAUUACAAAGCAGAAUGGUGGUCCGACAUGAAUAAGCUGAAUGUGAUGGUCUUUGACUUGUACUUAAUCUGUAAGGGAUCUAGGCAGCUGUGAUGUUGUCAUUUAAGUCAGUGGGUUUUAGUACCAGCAGACUCCAUACAUAUAGUUUUAUCAGACAAUGGUUGUGACAAGUGCAUUUGUUCUCUCUUUGAGAGAAGUAAUGUUAUCUCAGUAGUAAGCGAAACCCAGUGAAAAAUCAUAUAUACUAAAAAGUGUAUGAAAAUCCAGAAAAGUAAUGUUUGCUAUCAACUUAUUGGAAAGUGCUUGGCUCCGUAUUUUGCAGGACUCUAUUUGUUUCAUGGUAAAGAGUAUAUUUAUUGGCCAGCAGUUGUCUCAAUUGGUGCCUAGUUGAACAUUCUCCUGUGAAAAUGCAGAGACACUUGCUUAUCUGUCGUUUCCUGACCCACCUACUGUCACUCAAAACCCCAAAGUACCAGUCACCUGCUGGUACUUGCAAGGAUGUUUACAGUGUCUUCAUUUCUUUCUAUGUGAGAUAUUCAGAACUCUCCCCCUCUCCUGCUCUCCCCCUCCCUUCAGGAGUUUGUGUAAAGUGUACAAUACCAUGGUUCUUUUUUAUACAAUACUCUGUAUCUUGCCUUUGUAAAUUUGGGCUGAAAAAAAAUAAAUCUUUUUAUGAGACAAUUUGUCGUUGGGGCCUGCUCACUUGCCUCAGGUCUGUCAAUUAAUU